CCAAGCUUGGAGCUGCAUCUGUCUGAGUCGGUCUUUCCAGUCUUCUGCCUCGGGUAACUGGGAAGGUGAAAGGAAGGAAGAAAUUAUGGAAGAAAGGAAGACAGGACUGUAGGAGAGAAUGCCAGCCAAGCAGGAAAGUCGGUGUCAUGCAUGUGGACCCGCAGCACCCAUGUGGGCACUGCUCCUUCCUGGCCUCUUACCUGUAGCCACUUAGGUGUUUGUGUGAGCUUGGGCCCCUGCUUAUGAUGUGGCAUUCGGCACAGCUGCAUCCCUUCAUCUCGUAGACCAGCACCGGGUGGCUCUGGGUCCUGUCCGUGCCUGCAGAUAGACCACCCUCAGCCCCCAGGCAGGUGCCUGUCGGUUCUGAAGGCUUGGCAGCCGCCAGCUCAGGCAUAAGCUUGUUUGCCUCUGAAUAAGCUUAGAGAAGAUCCCUAGGGCAGGAGAAAGUUUUAGGAGCACCCGCUCUGCUCUGGGCAGCAGAAGCUGAGGGGAGAAAAGGCGGAGGGAAAAGGAGAGGUCCCUCACACUAGCCCCCAGAAAGUGAAAGGGGGUGCACAGAAGAAAAGAAACAGCUCAGGCCCUGCUCCCUGGCUGUGCCAGCUAUCGAAGGCACAGGAGGGCUGUAGGGAGGGCAACCAUGAGGUUUCCAGGUUCUCAUGUCCCAGGGCAAGGAACUGUGCCAAGGACCCAUGGUAGGUGACAAAAACAGUUUGUUAGGAAAACAGUUUCUGAGAAUGGGAGCAGGCUGGUGAGCAGGGUCAAGCGUCCUGUAACCUUCUGUAGGCUUUUACACAGUACCUUCCAUCUUUGUACAUUCAGGCAUUUCUCAGCAGGCUGUGUUUAUUACGUAUGGCUUAGGUAGGGAAAGCUCUCCAGCCUUUUAUGCCAAGUGGCCUCCUUUCAUACGUCAAUCUUGAUGUCUCUCUGCAUGCCUUUAUUGUUCUGUUAUACAAUCUAACAACAGACUUGGUAUGUACAUGGGGUGUACAAGAACGUAAACAAACACCAUCAGUAAUAUCAUGUUAAAACUGAUCACCGAUCGUGUUUGUUUACUAUUAUAAACGAGGGUGUGGCUGUGCAUGCCUAGAAUCUCAGAACCUAGGAAGCUAAAGCAGGAGAACUCUGAGUUUGAGGCCAGUCUGGGAUACCUAACAGGUUCCAGGCUAGCCUGAGCUACAUGUGAGACUCCAUCUUGAAAAACAAAGAGGUAGAUAUAUGUUAAAAUCUUCAAAAAUCUACAUUUAAAAGAUAUUUACUGUGUUUCAUUUGUGGCACCAUGCUAAGUUUUGAGAAUGUAGCAAUACAUAGUUAGUUUGGUUUUACUUUUGUUAACACAGUUUGGAGCAUUUAGUACACUUACCAAAGUGGGGCCAUAUUUGCUACCGUGUAUCCUACUUUCUCUUGCAUUGUACAGCCUUUAAAUAGAACUUUAAACCCCCACCCCCCACCCCCAUGGCUCUUCUGAGGCAGAGUCUCAUUGGUAACCCACACUGACCCAGAACUCAUUCUGUAACCCAGGCUGGCCUCUUGUGAGGAUGCUAUUACCUAAGCCUCCCAAGUGCUAGGAUUCCAGAUGUGAGCCACCGUGUUCCUCCAUUUCCUUAGUCGUCUUACUUAAUGCACUUUUAAAUAACUCUUCAAGGAUCAUCAGGCAGCUAGUGGAAAACAACAACAACAACAACAAAAACAGAUCAAAGCAUUGACUUCAAGAAUCUUACCUGACCUGUGCUUGUAGUUCUGAGAAGGAAGUUUAUUGGGGCCCUCCAUGCGGGCAAGCCUGUGAGUGGAUGUGGUGGUUUGAAUGAAAAUGGUCCCCACAGCUUGAUAUAGUUGAGAUUUUGUCAUCAGAGAGUGGCACUACUUGAGAGAGAUGUGGCCUUGUUAGAGGAAGUGUGUCACUGGGGGUGGGCUUUGGGGUUUCAAAAACUCAGGCCAGGCCGGGGCAUUAUCUUUUCCUACUGCUUGUAGAUCUGGAUGUAGAACUCUCAGCUACUUGUCCAGCACCAUGUCUGCCUGUGUAUCUCCAAGCUCCCUGCCGUAAUGAUCAUGGACUAAACCUCUGAAACUGUGAGCCAGCCCCAAUUAAAUGAGUGCUGUCCUUUACAAGAAUUAUCUUGGUUGUGGUGUCUCUUCACAGCAAUAGAACACUGACUAGGACAGUGGAGCUCCCAAAGAGAAACCCCAAGUCCACUUGGAUUGACUUGACUGUCUUUCAGAACUGGUGUGAGAAAGGCCAAGACCACAGCAAGAGGACCCAGGAGAAGCCAAAAGGGGGCCACUCUGACCAGGGAGACAGACAGCUUGAUGCAAGCUUGAGUCAUCUGAGAAGGGCAACCUCAGUGGACAAAUCGCUCCCACCAAUGGGCCCUUCAGCAACAGCUGAGCCAGAACAGCAGCCAAGCUCUACGCGACUCUAACCUUCUCCUCCCAGAAAUCAUUACAUUUUUCCACACCCAAGGAAGUCUGUUCCCACUGAGCGCAUGUUGCUCAGUGCAUCCAUUUGUAAGAGACGACUUGACUCACGCUGCCCCAGGUCAUCACUGAUUCAGGAGUGACUGGGUUGGUAGCUAGCAGACUUCUCCCAGACUAAUGAGAGGCAGCUUCCUAAUGAGGCCAGGGCUGGGUCUGGACGCUGACAGUGCCCUUGAAGUGUGCCUUGUCACAUGAGUGGGAGGCAAAUAGGAGGACUCCUUUAGGUGUAUAUAGGCAUGAACCGACAGAGGGGCUGAGACUGGAGUCAAGGCCAGAGAACUCCAGGAGCCACGGUGACCUUCCAGAAACCAGAGCCCCACCACCUCUAUCUACCCUUACACCCCCAGACCUCCCUGGAUCCUGCUUGGCACACGCUCCUGCAGAUCUCAGGCCCAUGGCGACCUGCUCCGUCCUGCAGAAGGAGACCCUGUUCCAAACAGGAGUCUACACUUACAGAAUCCCUGCUCUGCUCUACCUGAAGGAGCAGAAAACCUUACUGGCCUUCGCAGAAAAGCGAGUGAGCAAGAAGGAUGAGCAUGCAGAGUUGAUCGUCCUGCGAAAAGGAAGCUAUGACGCAGCCACACACCAGGUCCAGUGGCAAGCUGAGGAGGUGGUGACGCAAGCCCAGCUGGAGGGCCACCGCUCCAUGAACCCAUGCCCCUUGUAUGACAAGCAAACAAGGACCAUCUUCCUUUUCUUCAUCGCCGUUCCCGGGCAGGUAUCGGAGCACCACCAGCUCCACACCAGGGUUAAUGUCACCCGGCUAUGCCAUGUCACCAGCACUGACCAUGGGAGGACCUGGAGCCCCGUCCAGGACCUCACAGAGACCACCAUCGGCAACACCCACCAGGACUGGGCCACAUUUGCUGUGGGUCCUGGGCACUGUCUGCAGAUGCGAAACUCAGCUGGGAGUCUGCUGGUACCUGCUUACGCCUACCGGAAACUGCACCCUUUCCAGGCACCUGCCCCCUCUGCCUUCUGCUUCUUCAGCCAUGACCAUGGGCACACGUGGGAGCUAGGCAACUUUGUAUCUGAAAACUCACUGGAGUGCCAGGUGGCUGAAGUUAGCACUGGAGAUCAGAGUAUGGUGUAUCUCAAUGCUAGGAGCUUCCUGGGAGCCAGAGUCCAGGCACAAAGUCCUAACAAUGGCCUGGAUUUCCAGGACAACCAGGUAGUGGGGAAGCUUGUAGAGCCCCCCAGAGGUUGCCAUGGAAGUGUGGUUGCUUUUCCCAACCCCACCUCGCAGCCAGAUGCCUUAGAUGUGUGGCUACUCUACACUCACCCUACGGACUCCAAGCAGAGGACCAACCUGGGUGUGUACCUCAACCAGAGGCCACUAGACGCCAAGGCCUGGUCAGAGCCCACCCUGCUGGACACAGGCACCUGUGCCUACUCAGACCUGCAGAACAUGGGGCACGGCCCUGAUGGCUCCCCACAAUUUGGGUGUCUGUAUGAAUCAGAUAACUAUGAAGAGAUCGUUUUCCUCACGUUCACCCUGAAGCAAGCUUUUCCAGAGGUAUUUGGUGCCCAGUGAGCUCAUUGCUUGUGGCCCAAAUGGCUUCCUUGUACCUCAGAACACCCAACUCUCAUUCCCUCCAGCAUCCCCUGGACUUUUGGGUCUGGCUCUUGGGUCCCUUCCUCGCGAGUAUGCAAAGACCUUGGUCUCUUGACUCUGAAAACUUUGUAGUUCCAGACUCUGCAGUGGGUUCUAUCUCCAGCCCAGAAAGCAAAGAAGCCUGGCUUUCCCCAGCCUGUUGACAGGGAAGAUGAGGAUAGGACAUACAGAGGCUGUCAUUCUGCACAUCAGCUGUCACUACACUAGCUUAGCCUGCCUGCUUCCCCACUCCUAGUUUUCAGGUGAAUGUUAAUAAAUUACCCAACCUAUGUGUGUAUGUGUGUGUGUGUGUGUGUGUGUGUCCGCCCCCUUGCCAAUGCUUUAGAGUAAACAGCAUGAGAACACUUUGUUGAACCAGCUAAAUCAUUACAUUAAUUUCCAAGGAAUGUUCUAACAAACUACCUCCAGCUCAGAGGUGGGAAACAUUUCCACAAACCUCAAGCUUGCAGGCCAUAUUCUCUGGGUGCCCCAGAACAAGGUCCCUUCUUGCCUCCUCCACAUUCUGGUGGCUUCGGCAGCUCCUGCCAUUCUUCACAGCUCAUGACUGCAUCCCUACAUCCUUGGACUCUGUCUUCACAUGGCUGUCUCCUCCUGUGUUCUCCCCUCUGUCAUUCAAGACACACGCUGCUGGGUUUAGAGUCCACCAGAUGACCCAGAAUGGGCUCAUUCCCAUUGUCCUUCAUGACACCCACAAAGAUUAUUUUCCUACGUCAAGUUACAUUCACAGAGGCUGGGCAUUAGUUGUGUCUUGGGGGCCCUCACUCCAGCCUCUGGAGACAGACUAAACGUGGUUUUUCCAUGCAGGUGAUAUGGCUGGAGGUAGGAAGGUGGUUCUGAUGGAUUGGCAAGUUUGGAAGGAUCAGGGGCAGGCAGGGGGUGGGGCCUU